UUUUAACACUGACCCUCCGAACCUCUCUCUCUCUCUCUCUUGCCUCUUUAUGUCCCAUCCCAUUUUUAUUCUAAUUGGUUUCAUUUCUCACUCAUAAAUUUCUUUUGAAAACAUGGUUUUCUGAGAAAGUUCUAUGGGAAUUGAAUUCGGUUUUUUCUGCUGUAACCAUGAAAUCUUUUACCCAUGAACUAUCGUCAAUCUUCUCGAACCCUCUUUUCUCAACCGUUGUCAGUUUUUACGCUCUGAUUCUCCUCUAUUUCCCACACCUUUUCCUGAAAAUUGUUUUCUCGCCGGUACUUAACGGAGCUGGGUUUCUGUUAUUCACUCUACUCCGACUCGGUGCGAUUCAGAGAUUCGAAAACGAGUUCGAUGGAAACAAAGAAAGCGAGGAAAGCGAUUCCCGUGAGCACGGAAAACCCGACUUUCUCGAUGGAAACAAAGAAAGCGAGGAAAGCGAUUCCCGUGUGCCCGGAAAACCCGACUUUCUCGAAGAUCACAAGUGGGUCACGUCCCAUUUCGAAACCGAAGUGGGUUUCGACCCGAUGCCGUGCUUCGAGGACUCGUUCGUGGAAUGGGACGUGAGGGCACCAUUGGAGGUCAUAUACGAAGAGUACGAAGGCGAAGAAACAGAGGAUCCGAAUUCGAACGAAACCGGUCCGGACCCGAAUGAGAGGGAAGCGACCCGGAAUGUGGGUAUUGAUAGGUACCCCUCGUUGUCAUUGUACUACCCGGAAUCGGACUCGGAAGACUCGUCGGGCAGCGACCUUGGCGAGUUUCCAGCUGUCGGAGAGUGGUACUCGCCGGAGGGCACUAGCUUCAAGUGGAACGAGGAGGACAGAGAGGGUUUGAUAGAGAUUGCCUUGGAUGGGAACGACAAGAGAGGUCUGGAUUUCCAUGUAGAGGAGGAGAAUUUGAUCGAGAUUGAUAUUACUCCGACGAGAAACGGUGAAUUACCCGGCCAGAAAUUAAUAUUUGCCGGCAAGGAUUGAUGGGACUAUUCCAUUUGUGUAUAGACACGCGGCAGGCUUGAGGUUAGGUUCGGUUAAUCUUGGUUUAAUAAGCUAACUAAUUUGAGAUUAUGGGCU